CAACACCCGAUCCACUUUGAACCCCCUCGCACACUCAGGUGUGGCGUUGCCGAUGCGCCCGUUGGACGACUAGACGACUUUGCGGGCGAGUUGCUACUGAGGCUGGUUGACGACGACGACCUCAUACUACAACUUCUACUCUCGUCGACUCCAAUCGCCCCCGCAGCCGAGAGGAAGUCGGCCAAAAAAGCUUCAAAAUUCCUUGGAGUCAUCAUAUAUGGGCCAAGAUGUCGCCUUAAUGACGUUGGCGAUUUUAUGACUCAAGCUGGCUGCUACUUGGAUGAUCCUGUUAGUUGUGAUCGCAACGUCCCCUACAUGAACCCUCAAUGUCUAUUCAGCCUUCACGAACAACCACCAAUGACGCUUGAGCUGCUGCAACCUCAACAGCCCCAUAUCCACGAUUACUCAAGAGCUUCUCUUGAUGUCUUGUCUGGCUUCGAGACUACCGAUGAUCUCGAGUUAUCGAAUACCCCAACAGCUCUAUGCACCGAAUUGAAAUUACAUCAGAGGCAAGCUUUGACUUUCUUCUUGAAACGCGAACAAGGUAUGCAUCCGAACAAGGAUGGUUUCGGUAUAUGGUUGCGAAAAUGUAGUGAAGGAAAGUCUAGUUUCGUAAACUCCAUAACAGAUGAGGCACAAUCUACCCCAGGCCCUAUGUGGCGCGGUGGAUUGCUUGCUGAUGAGAUGGGUCUUGGAAAGACGCUAAGCAUGAUCGCUCUGAUUGCUUCGGACCAAGAUAGCACUUUCAAUGAUAAUUCGUUAACGGAUCACCCCAUAUAUGGCGCUUCCUUAAGCUCAACUCUGAUAGUUGUCCCGCUGAGCUGUAAUCAUUUGCACGAUAGCAAAUUGACAUGGUUCAUGCAUCAUGGAAGACACAAAUUCAAACUGGAGAGCAAGGAAAUGUUACCCGACAUAGUUUUUACCACCUAUCAGACGAUCGAGAGAGAACAUCGUAAGCGCGCUCAAGGCAGCAGCUCCUUAUUAUCUCAUCACUGGAGACGUAUUAUCCUCGACGAGGCGCACACUAUACGCAACCACAAUACCUCGACUGCGCAAGCAAUAACCGCACUACAAGCAACUUCUAGAUGGGGAGUCUCGGGAACCCCGAUUCAGAAUAGCCUGCUCGACUUCUAUGGCCUGUUCAAAUUUCUUCAUUUCUCCCCAUACGACGACCCAAGAGCUUUCGAUGACGAUAUCACGAACUUGUGGCGUGUCAGGCCCGCUGAGGAAGCCGCCGAGGCUUUUAAGAAGUUACUCUCGUGUGUCAUGAUACGUCGAACAAAAGCUAUCUUGGACCUGCCCAGUAGAACUGACAAACUGAUCCGUGUGCCGUUUAGUCAUGAGGAGGAAAAACAUUAUCGCCAAAUCGAGCAACCCGUUGUUGAUAUGCUGGAUCGUGCCACAGAAAGUGGCUGCCAAACUAACGUGCCCUGGAUGACUGCCAUACAACAGAUCAACAAACUUCGCCUUAGAACAGCUUUGAUGAACGCGCGCUAUUCCAUGGGUGGAGAACUAUGCGCACAGUGCUUACAGCCAAUUGAAGCAUCCACGUCUGGGGAUGGACUCCGGGAUGCUACACAACCACAGGUUUAUCUUUCAGCUUGCAGCAUAUUUUACUGCUCUGAUUGCUCUGCGCUACUCCGAUACCAAUCACCCAAUCCAUGCGAGUGUACAGAGCAGCCGCGAGCCUGUCAACUUCAUCCCUUGGCCUCCUUCUUGUCCACCCCUAGACUUACACCCGUUGGCGAUCUUUCUCCCUCAACAAUGGAUGUUGUGUUCUCGUCGUGGACUUCAAGUCUCGAUAUGGUGGAGACGGCGCUUCGGUGUGACCCAAACCACAUCAUUCAAUCGGUCCGAAUCGACAGCAAAGUACAGCUGAAGAACCGCAGCAAUGCUAUACAGCAGCUCCACCACAAUCCUAGCGUACGCGUCAUACUGAUCACGAUUGGUUGUGGUGCAUGUGGG